ACUGUCCUAUAGUAAUAAAAAAAGUAGAUGUUGUCAAUGUGGUGGUAAUUUGUGGAGUUGUUUAUUAUUUCAGAAAUAAUAAAAUACAGGAAAUAUUGUAUUAAAUCAUUUCAUUUUACUAAACACAUAUCACAUUCCAUUAAAAUACGUUAUAACCGCUUUAGGUUUUACGUUUUGGUAAUAAGAAAAAGCCCAUUUCUUUCGUUGCUUCCGACUCCGAAGGUGCUUGGACUAGAUCGAGAUGGAGGCUAUGGAUAUUCAGGCAGUGGAGUCGAAACUGAGCGAUGUGACUGUUACGGCGAUACCGAUGAGCGGGAAGAAUGUGCACAAAGACCUGGGCCAUGGGGGCAGCAGCCAUGCGACCAUAUCUACGGUGCCGGCGGCGUCACCAUCUUCCAUAGGGAAGGAUAAGGACAACGGGACGUCCAAGUACAUGGUGUCUUGGAGCACAAAUUGGCGGUGGAACACCGGCUACAGCGCGGACUCCGUCGAAUGGUGCCCCGUGGAGCCCUACCGCGAUGUCCUGGUCUGCGGCACUUACCAGCUUGAGAAAAAAGACGAAGAUCAGCAACCGAAAAAACAGACAAGACUCGGCAGAAUCUACCUCUUCCAAAUAAACCAAGACACAGUCGAGUUGUGCCCCGUCCAAACAGUCGAUACCGCCGGCAUCCUAGACCAAAAAUGGAGUUAUCACACCAUUCAAAACCACGCAGUGCUCGCUGUAGUAACCUCUGAAGGAUCACUCCAGCUCUACCAACUGUAUAAAAACGACGGUUAUAAUUUUAAACUGUGGCUCGAAGAUUCGAUUGGUCAAGACGUUUUAGCGCUGUCUCUUGAUUGGUCGACUAACAAGGUAUCGGGUGAGCCAAUGAUAGUUGUGAGUGGUUCUGCGGGAGAUGUGACUGUUUUUAAGAUUGUCGAGAAUGGAUUGAUGAGGGUUGGGACGUGGAAGAGUCAUGGGUUUGAGGCGUGGAUAGCUGCGUUCAAUUAUUGGAAUCUUGACUUAUUUUAUUCAGGUGGAGAUGAUUGUGUCUUCAAAAGCUACGACAUCAGGGUUCCCGACGCGGCAGUAAUGACGAACCGAAGCCACGAGGCAGGCGUUACCUCCAUCAGAAGUCAUAUCGACGUUGAACAUCAACUUAUCACAGGAAGUUAUGAUGAAAAAGUGCGUCUCUGGGACGCUAGGAGCCUAAAGCGCUGCUUGACCGAGAGCUCGGUGAACGGUGGCGUUUGGAGACUGAAGUAUCACCCCAGAAAUCCUACCAGAGUGUUAGCGGCCUGCAUGUAUGGAGGCUUCAGAGUUCUAGGCGUUACAGACUCCAUUUCGGUGUUAUGUGAAUACAUGGAACAUGAGAGCAUAGCGUACGGAGCUGAUUGGAAGUUUGACGACUCUGGAACCGUGGCCACGUGCUCUUUCUAUGAUUGCAGCAUGCAUAUUGGCAAGAUUGAUCUUGAGGACUGAUUUUUUAAAGCGUCUCAAGGGCGGUUCCAGAUUAGCGCUUUAGACGCGCGUUCGUGUAUCUGGCUUAUUUUGAAAGCGUGCUAAGUAAAUGUAAAUCUAACCUUGCAAAAUGCCGUGCGUAAAAACCAG